AUGGCUUCGCUGUACCAAAGGUUCACCGGCAAGAUCAACACCUCGCGCUCCUUUCCGGCGCCCCCGGAGGCCAGUCGCCUCCUGGGUGGCCAGGGGCCUGAGGAGGACGCGGGUCCGAAGCCCCUAGGGCCGCAGGCGCCGGCGGCGGCGCCCCGGGAGCGAGGCAGUGCGGGUGGCCGGCCCCGGUUCCAGUACCAGGCUCGGAGCGACUGUGACGAGGAGGACGAGCUGGUGGGGAGUAACCCUCCCCAGAGAAACUGGAAGGGGAUCGCAAUUGCCCUGCUCGUCAUCCUGGUCAUCUGCUCCCUGAUCGUCACCUCGGUCAUACUACUGACACCAGCGGAAGAUACUAGUCUGUCUCAGAAGAAGAAGGUGACUGUGGAAGAUCUUUUCAGUGAAGAUUUCAAAAUCCAUGACCCGGAGGCAAAGUGGAUAAGCGAUAAAGAAUUCAUCUAUAGAGAACGGAAAGGGAACGUCAUACUGCGGAAUGUUGAAACCAAUAAUUCUACGGUUUUAAUAGAAGGCAAAAAAAUUGAAUUCUUAAGAGCCGUCAGAUACGAAAUAUCCCCGGAUAGAGAGUACGCGCUGUUUUCCUAUAACGUGGAACCGGUGAGUCUGCACUCCCACACUGGAUAUUAUGUCCUGAGCAAAAUUCCUCAUGGUAAGCCUCAGAGUCUGGACCCACCAGAAGUCAGCAAUGCAAAGCUUCAGUAUGCGGGGUGGGGUCCGAAAGGCCAGCAGUUGAUAUUUAUAUUUGAGAACAACAUCUACUACUGCGCACAUGUUGGGAAGCAGGCGAUCCGAGUGGUCUCUACAGGGAAGGAGGGUGUGGUCUACAAUGGCCUCAGCGACUGGCUGUAUGAAGAGGAGAUUUUGAAGAGCCACAUCGCACAUUGGUGGUCACCAGAUGGCACGAGGCUCGCCUAUGCUACCAUCAAUGAUUCUCGGGUUCCUGUUAUGGAGCUGCCGACGUACACAGGCUCUGUCUACCCCACUGUGAAGCCCUACCACUACCCUAAGGCUGGCAGUGAAAACCCCAGCAUCUCCCUCCACGUCAUCGGCUUGAGUGGACCCACCCACGACCUGGAGAUGAUACCACCUGAUGACCCUCGCAUGAGGGAGUAUUACAUCACCAUGGUGAAGUGGGCCACCAGCACCAAGGUCGCUGUGACCUGGCUGAACCGAGCCCAGAAUGUGUCUAUCCUGACCCUCUGUGACGCCACCACAGGUGUCUGCACUAAGAAACAUGAGGAUGAGAGCGAAGCUUGGCUCCACAGACAGAAUGAAGAACCUGUGUUCUCCAAGGACGGCCGCAAGUUCUUCUUUGUCAGAGCGAUCCCACAAGGGGGCCGGGGGAAGUUCUACCACAUCACCGUGUCAUCGUCCCAGCCCAACAGCAGCAAUGACAACAUCCAGUCCAUCACCUCUGGGGACUGGGAUGUGACCAAGAUCCUGUCCUAUGAUGAGAAGCGGAACAAGAUCUAUUUCCUGAGCACAGAGGAUCUGCCGCGGAGACGACAGCUCUACAGCGCCAACACAGUCGAUGACUUCAACAGGCAGUGUCUGUCCUGCGACCUCAUGGAGAAUUGCACCUACUUCAGCGCAUCCUUCAGCCAUAACAUGGACUUCUUCUUGCUCAAGUGCGAAGGCCCUGGUGUGCCCACUGUGACUGUAUAUAACACCACGGAUAAGAGAAAAAUUUUUGACUUGGAAGCAAAUGAGCAUGUGCAGAAGGCCAUCAGUGAUCGGCAGAUGCCUAAAAUCGAGUACCGGAAAAUCGAGAUAGAAGAUUACAACUUGCCAAUGCAGAUCCUGAAGCCAGCCACCUUCACCGACACGGCCCACUACCCUUUAUUGCUGGUGGUGGAUGGUACCCCAGGGAGUCAGAGUGUGUCAGAGAGGUUUGCGGUGACCUGGGAAACGGUGUUGGUGAGCAGCCAUGGAGCAGUGGUCGUCAAGUGUGACGGCCGAGGAAGCGGCUUCCAGGGAACCAAGCUCCUGCAUGAAGUACGGAGGCGCCUGGGAUUCCUGGAGGAGAAGGACCAGAUGGAAGCUAUGAGGACCAUGCUGAAGGAGCAGUACAUUGACAAGACGCGGGUGGCUGUGUUUGGGAAGGAUUAUGGUGGUUACCUGAGCACUUACAUCCUCCCAGCCAAGGGAGACAAUCAAGGCCAGACUUUCACCUGCGGCUCGGCGCUCUCUCCAAUAACAGACUUCAAACUCUAUGCCUCUGCAUUUUCUGAGCGGUACCUUGGCCUCCACGGACUCGACAACAGAGCCUAUGAGAUGACCAAGCUGGCACACCGAGUGUCCGCGCUGGAGGACCAGCAGUUCCUGAUCAUCCAUGCCACGGCUGAUGAAAAAAUCCAUUUCCAGCACACAGCUGAGCUCAUCACACAGCUGAUCAAAGGAGAGGCCAAUUACAGCUUGCAGAUAUACCCAGAUGAAAGCCACUACUUCCACAGCGUGGCCCUCCAGCAGCAUCUGUAUCGCUCCAUCAUCAACUUCUUUGUGGAAUGCUUCAGGAUCCAGGACAAGCUACCCACAGCCACAGCAAAAGAGGAUGAGGAGGAGGACUAA